AGGUUCCGGUUAGUGAAACUGGCGCGACUAUGGCGAACGCUUUAUAUAUACUAGGCAUUUCCUAGAGCGGACGAUUUCCUAUUUUAAUUCCAAUGCUUUUGAAACUCUCCAAGCCAGAUUUCAAGGACUAACCACCUCUCCUUGAGAUUGGGAUGCCUACAUCCCCAAAUAUAGUAUUUAUUUUUCAUGCUACAGCUUAACAGGUAGAAAAGUGAGAACACCUCUGUUCCCAUUUUAUAGAUAUAGCAAUAAAGAAAUCGUAAGUCAAAGCCAUUGAAGUCAUUCUCAGAAAAUAGUGAUUUAUUGCGGUAUUGCCCGACUAUACCAGGGACCAAGACAUAUCGUUUCUGUCAAUUCUAGCUGGCUGAAGAGAUCCCGAUUAAGGAGGAGGGGCAGUGCUCACAGGUCUGGGCAGGGACUGAGGCACCUGUCAUCUAUACUGUACUUUGUUCCAAGUGUCCACAAAAUAUGAAGGGCCACCCUUCUCUGCUGCUGCUCUGUAUGGGAUUGACAACCUGCCUGGAUAACUCACCCAAUGGAAAGCAAGACCAAAGACCAGACUUCUUCUUGGGUUCCACAGAGGCCCAGAGUUUCCUGGGCAGCCACAGGCGGAUUCCAAGAGCCAAUCACUGGGACUUUGAGCUGUUCACACCGGCGAACCUGGAGCGGGAGUGUAAUGAGGAAAAGUGUUCCUGGGAAGAGGCCAGGGAGUACUUUGAGGACAAUACUCUGACGGACCGCUUUUGGGAGAGUUACAUCUACAAUGGCAAAGGAGGACAUGGACGAGUGGACGUAGCAGGCCUGGCGGUGGGGCUGACCUCUGGCAUCCUGAUAAUUGUCUUGGCUGGCCUGGGAGUCUUUUGGUAUCUGCAUUACCGACAGAGCCAGGGCAGGAGCCAAAGUCAGCAAUCUUCUUCCCAAGAGGCCGGACUCCUCAGCCCUCUGAGCCCUCCAACGCCCCUACCUGCACCUCCACUCCUACCCCCAGGCCUCCCCACCUAUGAGCAGGCGCUAGCAGCCUCUGGUGUGCACGACGCACCUCCACCCCCUUACUCAAGCCUCCGGAGGCCUCUCUGAAGAUCUGCUACAGAGUCCGGGCUGCCCGAGUUGUGCCCCUGAUUCACACCGGAUUCCGGAAGUCCCCAGGCUUCUUAGAUUCUAGAGUUGAGCUUGGGGGUUGGAGGGAUUAGGGGUCGUUCGACCCAAGGCCUAUCCCGUCACACGUGUUUCCGCCGCUUACGGAUACACGCACGUCCCCGGCCGACGUGUUGCGGAGUCAAGGACCUUGCCCCUUGCGUGCCCCCAGGCUCUCCUGACUUGGGGCAGUCGACCAGUCCCGCCCUCGGUGUAGGCAAGCGCGCGUGGAAACUCAGACCCAGUCCGACAGGCCGGGUGUGUGGUCUUGCGUGUGUAUCAACCUUCUCCCUCGGAUGCCACAGGGCACGCACACGCGGAGAGCCCCGCCCGUGCACCCUCGAGUCUUAAGGUAGACUCGGUGCGCGCACAGGGAUGCCUCGUAAUCCAGAGAAAGGGUAGGGGGAUAUAUUUGCAAGUGUGGUCGGCGGGGACAGGCUCGUGUUGUAUGGGGAAACCGGACUUGAACUGUUCCCCUGGAUAAAAACCCUUUGGAAAGGAAAUUUUAAAAGGAU